AUGUCUGGGUCCUUUUGGAAAUUCAGUAAUGGUUUCACGUCGCUUUCUAACAUCUCGUCCUUGAUCGAGAGCCAUGUUUCUGACGAUGAACACGGCAAGGGAAAGCCCCGUGAAGUGCUUCUCAAGCUUCUCGACGAGUCUGACUUGCUCCAGGAACUUCUUGCCAACAAUUCCAUGUUGUUGGAGUUUUUACGUACAAAUGAGGUGCUCGAACUACUUGUCGAAUUGGUGGUCAACGAGGGUCAGUUGGAUGUUUCAGAUCAGCUUGCGGAACUCGAUAUAAAGGAACAACCAGAGGAAACCGAGAAGGAUGCUAAACAUGAAUCGCAAGCCAAAAAUGACGCCAAAACUAAUGACGAUAUGAGGAGCGACGACGACGAUGACGAUGAUAAUGAAGACAAACAACAGGACGAAGAAACAGAAGAGGAGCGCCGAAGCCGCCACGCCGCGCUUGCGGCCGAGAUAUUGAGUGCAGAUGUGUGGUCGCUCACCGAUACUGUCAUGGACUCUACUGCCAACCUCAAUAAGCUUUGGUCGGUUCUCGACAGCGUCAAGCCUCUUUCCAUCAACUUGUCGACAUAUUUCAUGAAGAUUAUGGAGCAUCUUUUGGACAUGAAGUGCGACGAAAUGGUCACCUAUCUCAUCGAAAACCAACCACGAUUGGUGGAAAAGUUCAUUCGUCACCUCUCCAAUCCUCCACUUAUGGACUUCCUCCUCAAACUCAUUUCCACCGAUAAACCCGACAACUCGACUGGCAUCAUUGAUUUUUUGCAAAAACAGAACCUCAUAACCCAUUUGAUAGAUGCUCUUGACAUCGAUGACAUCAACGACAAUGAUGCUGAGCUUGCGCUUGUGAGACAACUGUCGGCUGCAGACUUUCUUAAAGCUUUAAUCACGAUAUCAGCAAACUCCACCACUGACAGCUCGACAAUCGGACCCAACGAACUUACUCGUGAGCUUGUAUCAUACGACCAAAUGGAGAAGCUAUGUACCAUAAUGUUAAAAGGAGGCUAUGCAUUGGCCAAUGGUGUGGGUAUCAUCAUAGAAAUUAUUCGUAAGAAUAAUUCCGAUUAUGAUGCACUUCCUGUGUUAUAUAUAACGCUCGAAAGUCACCCUCCCACUGGUCGUGACCCUAUUUAUUUGGGCCACUUGCUACAGAUAUUUGGUGGUAAAAUCGACCAAUUUAAUAAGCUCCUAGUUACUAACCGGGAAGCAUCCAAACUCAAAACUCCUUUCGGUGAAAUCGAACCCUUAGGAUUCGAAAGAUUCAAGAUUUGCGAGCUAGUUGCUGAAUUGUUGCAUUGUUCAAACAUGGCUCUACUCAACGAUAACAAGGGUUACAAUGUGGUGAAACAACGUGACGAGCUUCGAAUGAAAAUGAAAGAAUACGAUCCUAUCAGCUUCAAGUACAAUGAGGUGAUUGCCUUGCCCACCGAAGACAAGCAAGAAUCAGAGUCCAACCAUAAUAGUGACGAGGAGUUUGGGAACGACACUAUCGACUCAUUUAAUUCCAGAUCUCAAAGUGACGGAGACUCAAUUUUCCAUGGUGCAAAUUCAGACGAAAACGAGCCACACGCCAACGCUAAUUUGACUGAAGAACAAAUUAGAGAAAAUCCUGUAAUUGGGGAUUUUUUGAAAGUAUCUUUACUCGACACUCGCAUAAUUUCGAGUAUCCUUGCAAUGUUCUUCAAGUUCCCAUGGAAUAACUUCUUGCAUAAUGUUGUAUUUGAUAUUGUUCAGCAGGUAUUGAACGGCUCUAUGGAUAUAGGGUUCAACAAAUUCUUAGCCAUUGAUUUGUUUGAUCACAGCGCAAUUACUGACAAAAUCAUCGAGGGCCAGAAGUUGUGCAGCGAUUUUGAAGAGAGCAACAAAGGGUUACGUUUGGGCUACAUGGGUCACUUGACAUUGAUCGCCGAAGAAGUUGUCAAGUUUAUUCAAGUAUACCCAGUCAAUACUUUAAGCGAAUUGAUUGACAAGAAGGUUGAGGACGAAGUAUGGGAAGAAUAUGUUAACCAUGUUUUGUACGAUACAAGGGAGAAGUACAAUGCCAUUUUGGGUGGAGGAGAUGAUGAUGAUGAUGCAAGCAAUACAUUUGAACAAGAGACAGAUUUUGUUCAUGACUACAAGCCAGGACUUGUUCUUGACCCUAACACCGACCAUGACAUCGGACAUCUUGAUGCGUCAGAAGACGCCAACAAAGGCGAUUCCGAGUCGGAAGACGAUGAUGAUCACUUCACGAACUACAUGUCUGAGCAAUUAACCAACACCGCCACUGCCGACUUGGGAGUUCCUGGAGAAGAAGAUCCGUAUAUAGAUCCCAACGACGAUGGACUUUCAUACAAAAAGUCGAAUUCGUUUUAUGACAAUGAUGGGGUUCCACGUCAUUUAAACAAGACGGAGGAUGUGGAGUUGUUGAGCGAGAGCUCGACUUCGAGCUCAUCGUCGGAUGACGAGGACCUUAUCUUUGAUGAUGAUCAUGAUGAUAAUGACAAGGGCACAAACAAUUUGACUAGAGCAGCCAGCAAGGGUUAG